AACAUAUUUUUAUCAAAACGUGUAAAAUAAAAAUAGUGCUAUCAUUUUACAAAUUGCAGGAUUUGUGACCGUUUGUACUAAUUAUCCCACUAUUAUUGUGUAAGUAACAGUUAUCAUUUUGGUAUCCUAAUUUUGAGAGACACAAUUGUCGACCGACGACCGUCGUUUGAUUCAUCAGGGUAAGAUGGAUAAGCCCAGAGGAACACGGAGCAGGAAGGAGGAGCUGGACUGCUGGAGGAAGCAAGCAAGCACCGGACUGGAAAAAGAAAAUGUCGACAACACAGGCAAUGCCGUUGUCUUCAUCUUCUUACUACUCUGUUUUCACCGUCUCCGCCAUCACCAUCCCGCUUCUCCGCGCUCGUUCCUUAAAGGUUUCUUCUUCUUCUUCUUCUUCUUCCAUCUCCGACGACGGCCGAGCUAAUGCUACUCCGACCACCGUCCCCAAUCCAUCUCGUCGACUUGCCCUCUUUCAACUCGGCGCCGCUAUUCCUCAGUCGCAUUUGUUGGGGUUAAGAGCGGUUGAAAAGGCAAUUGCAGAAGAAAGAACUACAAUUCUCGAUGACCCUAAUGCGUUGUUGGAGUGGAUUAAGAACGACAAAAGGAGAAUGCUUCAUGUUGUUUACCGUGUUGGGGACUUGGACAAGACCAUAAAAUUUUAUACUGAGUGCUUGGGGAUGAAGCUGUUGAGGCAACGUGAUAUACCAGAAGAUAGAUAUAGAAAUGCCUUCCUUGGAUAUGGCCCUGAAGAAUCCAAUUUCGCUGUUGAACUUACCUACAAUUAUGGAGUUGACAAGUAUGACAUUGGAUCUGGUUUCGGUCAUUUUGGCAUUGCAGUUGACGAUGUUGCGAAGGCUGUGAAUCUCGUUAAGGCGAAAGGGGGGAGAAUUAGUCCUGUCAAAGGAGAAAAUCAAGUAAUUGCAUUUGUUAAAGACCCAGAUGGUUACAACUUUGAGCUAUUGGAGAGGAAGGCUGCACGUGAACCCUUGUGCCAAGUGAUGCUUCGAGUUGGUGAUCUCGAUCGAUCCAUUAACUUUUAUAAGAAGGCUUUUGGAAUGGAGCUUCUAAGUAAACGGGACUACCCCAAUGACAAGUAUACAGUUGCCUAUAUGGGUUAUGGUCCCGAAGACAAUAAUGUGGUGCUGGAACUGACCUAUAACUAUGGUAUCAGCACAUAUGACAAAGGAAAUGGUUAUGCACAGAUUGCAAUAGGGACAGAUGAUGUUUAUAAGAGUGCUGAAGCAAUAAAACUCUGUGGUGGAGCCAUUGUUCUGGAGCCUGGUCCCUUGCCUGGUAUUAACACCAAGAUUACUGUUUGCUUGGAUCCUGAGGGUUGGAAAUGGGUGUUUGUUGAUAAUGGGGAUUUUCUUAGAGAACUGGAGUGAGCUGAAGCCGCAGCUGAGUUAAUCCAAUAAGCCAAAACUAUCAAACAAACAUUCCUUGCCAUUUCUGAUUAAUGGUUUUGAACUCCUCUAAAGGAAGAAAUGUUACCAUUAUAC